ACUCAUGGCAUAUGCUCAACUAAGAAAACACAAUUGACCAUGUACGAGCGUGUGGCUUGAGGCUCCUAAAGUCGUCCAAAAAACCCACCCUACGCAAAAGUUUUUUCUCAUCCCAAAUGGGCGGUCGGUACUAAAAGUCUCGUGGAAGUUAAAAUAGUUAUUUAGUUCAAUAAAUGGCAAAUAUCAAAUUAACUGGCGUAAUGUUGGAACAUCUUUGACUCACAGCUAGACUCUGGCGCACCAUCUUUGUGUUGAUGGUGCGCGAGCUGGAAAUACUGGAAAGCACGCUGAGAUAGGCUGCUAUUUUAUUAAAGUAGGCUCACGUGAUAAUUAUGUAUCAGAAAAUCUUUUCUCUUCAUCUACUUUUUGCCGUUUUUGGCCUUUUGGGUGCAAAUUUGUCCCCGGAAGACGAGUUGAAUUUUUUGAAGUAUCACAAUGCAUAUCGAGAAACGAUUGCUGGAGCUGUUGAUCAUUGGGGAAAUGAACUUGACAUUCCAUGUGACAUGAAAGCAAUGACUUGGAGUAAAUGCCUGGCUGAUUUGGCGCAGAUCAAUACUGAUGCUGGCAAUACAAACCACGAACACGAUGAAGAUAAGUUUGCAGAAUGUGCCUCCUUGUUUGGCCUGCAGACAAAGCAUUUCGAUCUGGGACAAAACAUUUGGUGGACCAACAAUUUACAGAAGCCAUGUGAGAUGAGAUAUCUGAAUGCACUUGCGAGCUGGUACAGUGAAGUGCAAUACUAUGACGUAAACACCUGCCGAGUGGCGAGUCCAUUUAGAGGUUCUACCAAUGGAUUGGAGGUCAUCACCCAUUUGCAGCAAGUGAUAUGGGCGAAUACCAGCUAUGUAGGAUGCGCCACUGGGGGAACGUCUCAAUGCGUCGUCGUUUGCAACUACUGGCCGCCUGUUAAGAUUCUCCAAAACUCGAAGCCACGUCCCUACAAGACUGGCCUGACUUCGUGCUGUCCAAGCGGCUAUACUGCAUACACGGGGUCAAAGCUGUGUGUCGAGGACUCUUUUGAUCCGACCGAGUAUGCACUAGAAUUGUCUGAGGAAUACUGUGACGAAGGAUGGUACUUCAUCGGAGCCCCAUAUUUCCAGUGCAUCAAAUGGGAAUGGGGCAAAAAGAGGGCUGUUGAAGCUAAUUGCGAAGAAGCAGGGGGAAGAUUUUUGUCAAAAGGAGAUUUCGAUCCUGUGAUCAAUAAACAAUUUCUCCAGGAGAUGAUGUUCUACAUGGGAACUAUCGGAAAGUAUCAGCGUUUCAAAGUGGCAUGGAUUUGGGUGAAAGAUGAAUGCAUUCUGAAUGAAGAAACCCUGGAGUUUGAUGUGAAGAUAUUCAGUUGGUGGGAUUGCAGCUUCAGACGUACUUGUGGCGCUGUGAAACUCUCCGAUAUUUUUGCGAAUAGGCAAUCGGUGGAGUUGAGAAACUGUUGGGAUGAAGGGGAAAAGGAUGGCCAAGGAAAUUGGGAAUCAGUGGCCGUUGGAGUAUGUUUAAAAGAUUCGCACAAUUGAGUAUUGUGAAAAAUCAUUGGCGUUUUUGGGCUAUAGUAGAUAAUGUGUGCGGAAUUCAAGCGAGCUUGGUAAUGGGGUUUUAAAAAUUGAAUUAAAUUGCAUUUGGUGGCACUAUUUUCUGCUG